AUGUCAAUUAAUAAAUUAAAAAGCAGUAAUUUGCUUAAAAUAGAAAGCAAGAAUGCCGAGAAAAAAGAUUUAAAUAACGAUACUGUAAAAAAAAAUCCAAAUGUAAAAAUUGUCAGGAAGAAAACGGAUGUGCAAAUAGAGAAAAGUUUAACAGGAACUUUUUCACAAAAAGAAGGUGAGAAAACUGUCAAAAGAAAGAUCUUUAAAAAAGUACAAGAAGUGGUCAAUACAGGUUCUACCGAUUCUCCUAAUGGAGGGAAUGGUUCUAAUGGGAAUACUACAACUAUUAAUAAUACUGAUGAGGUGACUUCGGCUGAAAUAAGACAAGGGGAAAGGAAAGAGAACGUUGCUAGAAAAACAGUUGUUAAGCUUGGCAUAAGAAAAGGAGGGAAGACAAUUGAUUUUACUAAUGAAGAUCUGAAUAAUGACUAUGAGGCAGUAAAUGAAAAACAGAGUUCGAAGGAGAAAUUGAUGUGUGGCUAUAAUGAUGGGGAUUACAAUCAACACAACAAUGGAGAAAACGAGAAGGAAGAUAUCAACAUCCAUAAACAAGUUGUAAAGAAUAAAAAAAGUACUAAAGAACAAAUGAACAGAACCAACAUAAGCACAAACAAUACCAAUGAAAGAAUCGAUAGAAGCAACAAAGCAGAAGAAGAUUCCGAGAAUGAGCUUCUCAAUUCUAUUAUGGGAAAAGUUGUGGAAUCUACUCCAUUGAUAGGGUCACAAAAGGGAGUCAUAAAAAAAAAAAAAAAAAUUAUAAUUAGGAAAAAAAUUCCUAUACAUGAGAAAUCACAAAAUUCAGAAAAGUGUAAUUCCCCCUCAGGUACCAUAAACACCACAGGAGUUGGAGGUCGACGAACCCCGCAAAUUGUCAGCAUUACUGGAACCAACGUCGAAACUAAUAAUGAUGAGGUAAGCGAGGGAAAAAACAAAGCAAAAGGAAAUGUAUGCUGUGAACAUAUGAUAAACGAAAUUGAAAGAAACAAAACCAAAUUCCAGGAGAUGAAACAAGCACACGAAACGCAUAUGUACAAUAUAGAAGAGGAAAACAAAAGAGAAAAAGACAAACUAAAUAUGUACAUACAAAAUUUGAAUGAAGAAAUGUAUAGCAUAAACAGCAAGUUAAAUGAGGAAAUGAAAGAAAAGGAUAAGAUAAAUGAAAGUAAUGAAAAUUUACGCAAUGCCAAAUUAGAUUUAGAACAAAAAAUAGAAAUAUUAAAAAACCGAGUAGAGGAAUCUAAUGAAUUUACUGGCCUUAUGAAUGAAAAAUUUUCAACGCUCGAGGAAGAAAAUAAAAUACUAUUAGAGCGAGAUCAAGAAAAAGAAUUAAUAAUUAAAAAUUUGGAAGCUGAAAAAAUGAAACUGGAAAAAAAAUUGGAAGAACAAAAUAUUUUAAUAAAAAAAAAAGAUGAAAUUAUAAAUAAAUAUGUUACCGAAAUUGAAAAUUAUAAAAAUGUCUUGAAGACUAAGGGAGAGAUGAUGCUUCUUGGUAGUUCCACUACCAUUGACAAAAAUUUACCCGAGAAAAAUAUUCAAAAAGAAUAUGUUAACAAACUAACAAAAGAAAAAAAGGAACUCAUAUAUGCAUUUAAAAAACAGCUCGAUUUAAUAGUGAUCCUCAAAAAACAAAUAAAUCUUUUGGAAAAUAACAAAAUUGUGAAUAUUACUUCUGGUGAACUUAAAAAGACCCUUCACGAUUGA